UCAUGCGUGUUUAUGGAUUUUAGAAGUAUCGGUUAAAGUUAAUUAAUUUCACAUUAAUAAAAUCCUUGUAGAAAAUUUUAGCUGGAGAAAAUAGUUACUUAAAAUUACAACGACCGUAAUAGAAAGUAGUGAAUGAGAAUGGAUCAAUACGUUGCAGAAAAUAUUUCAUAUAUUAGAUCUAGAGAUCCCAGUAUACAAAAUUUUAAUAGGAAUAAUUUAAGAAAUGUGAGGUUGAAGAUGAAAUUCUCGGUAAAUGAAAUGAAGGAUCAAUUAGAAUCAGUUCUCGAGGAGGAUAACUAUUGUAGUGAGGAAAAUAUAAUCCAAAUAUAUCUUAGACUCAAACCAAGUACAGAUUCAGAUGAUUGUUAUAUUAUACAUGACAAUGAACUCAUUUAUGCUGAACAAAAAAGAAGAAAAACUGAAGACGAAGAAACAAUUUUUAAAAAAAUUGAGUUUUCUAAAAUAUUUGAUAAAAACUCUACCCAAGAACAAGUUUUUGAUGACAUCGUGAAAGUAAAAGUUUUAAAAUUUCUGAAUGGGAAAGACGCAUGUUUAUUUAUAUAUGGUGCACCAGCAGCAGGAAAAACUUUCACAACUCUUGGGACAGAGGAAGAACCUGGCUUUAUACCAAGAACAUUAGAAUACCUAUUCAAUACUCUACCAAAAUUGCCAUCCGUGGCUCCAAUCAAACCUACUGCUGAAGGAAAAGUGAUCAAGCUGAGUUUAGAACAAAUAAAUUUAGAGCAAGAAUUGAAAAGAGAAAUAUUAUAUGGUAUUCAUAGAUCAAGAAAUAAUGAAUUAUAUCAGUCUAUGCAAAAUAAAUUAAAGAAUCAACCUUUUGCUUCUUUAGAACAGCCACCAGAAGUGGAACUAGGGAUAUGGGUCACAUUUGCUGAAAUUCAUAAUGAGGAAGUGUAUGACGUACUUCAAAACUGUGUAAACUAUAAACUUAGGAAAAAGUCCCGCAUUGCAAGUACUAAUGGUGAACACUAUAUCAAAGAUUUGACUCAUAUCUGUGUAUCAAAUAGUCUUGAAGCGUAUCAGGUUUAUCAGUAUGGCAUACAAAAAUUGAAAUUCUCUUCAUCAAAUGGUGAAAUUAAUCUGCUUUCUAAUCAUUAUAUUUUUACUAUCAAAAUAGCACAGGCUUCAAAGUACACCGAUACAACUUAUAUAUCAGCUUUCAGUAUCUGCAAUCUUGCUGGCAAGGAAAGAUCAAAAGAAUCUAGUGGUAAUAGCAAUUCACUUAUGGUCCUGGGAAGAUGUAUUACAGCAUUGCAACAUGCUCAGAUGCAUCCUAACAUCAACUGCAUUAUUCCUUAUAGAGAUUCUAAGCUCACCCUACUCUUCAAGAAGACACUAUCAGGGUUGGAGAAUUUUUGUAUGCUGAUCAAUAUAAAUUCUUCUAAAAAAGCAUUAGAGCAGAACCACAGCAUUCUCAACUUUCCAGCAUUAACUAAACAAAUCUUAACUAGAGAAACAUUUUUGAAUUACAUAUCUACAGAAACUGAGCAACAACAGCUGGAAGAAGUCAUACAUCAAACUAAAUCAAGUUAUGAAGAAUUGAAAAGAAAUAAGGAUUACAAUUAUCAGCAGGAAAAACAACAAGUUAUAACAUGUUGUGAGGAUAUUUUGGAUAGUUGUAAAGAAAUUAUUGAUAUGGAAAAAAAAAGUCUAAUACAGGAAUUUGAACAACAAUUUCAAAGAGAUGUGCGGAGGUUAAAAAAUGAUAUGUUGAAAAAAAAGCAAGAUAAAGAAAUCCUACAUCUGAAAGAAAAAUUCAAGGCUAAUAAAGUAACUAUUGAUGAACUAGGAAUUGAAAUUGCUAACUUGGAUAAUGAAUUGCAUGUAUUGACUGUCCUUGUUGAUCAAGAAAGAAUGUCAGUUUCAGAUGAUGUUUCAUUUGAGGAGGAACUCAGCCUGGUAAAAUGAAAUUAUUAAGAUAAAUCAAUACAUAAAUCUAUCUGCUGAGCAUAUUGUAUAUCAUGUCACCUGUAUUCAGUUUUACGAUUUGUUAAUUUUAUUGAAAUUUGUAUUUAUUUUAUUAUAAUUAUUGUUGAGAUUAGAUCAAGUAGUAUAAAAGAACUGCAAUUUUUAUGGUAGUUAUGAGCUCUUAUAAAAAAUAUAUAAAAUAUAAUUUUAAAAAUUUCUAAAAUAAA